CUUCGAGCGAGGUUGGCCAUUCUGAUCGGGAGGACGCAUCUUUACGCAUGUGGUGUUUACUGCUAGCAUCCAGCCUCGACAUUGUAUCUGUUUAUUUGCUUUUAUGACAAUUAGUCAUGGCUCAGGAAAAGCUCACCAUACCAGAUAAGUCGAAUGCAGCAAUAAAGGAUAAAGAAAAAGACGCCGAAGAAAAAGAAGCCUCUACGUCGUUGCUGGAAUGUGCCGUCUGCCUGCAACCAUGUAUUCAUCCCGCUCGACUACCGUGUAGUCACAUAUUCUGUUACUUGUGUGUCAAGGGGGUCGCUAAUCAAAGCAAAAAAUGUCCCAUGUGUCGACAAGAAAUUCCUCCAGAUUUUCUUGAAAGACCACAGCUAGUAGAGCUCGACGAGGCACAAAAGGUCACGGAAUGUUUGGAAGAAGAAUACCAAUGGUUCUAUGAAGGCAAAAACGGUUGGUGGCAAUACGACCAGCGUACAAGUCUUGAACUGGAGACUGCAUAUAAGCAAGGUAAAAGGACUUGCGAACUGUUAAUCGCUGGCUUCCUUUACAUAGCCGAUUUCGGAUCCAUGCUCCAAUUACGUCGAAACGAUCCAUCUAGACGCCGAAGAAUUAAACGUGAUUUGUAUAACGUUCCAAAGAAAGGUGUUGCAGGAUUAAGGUUGAAUCCUCAGGAAGAAGAACAAAUUGUCAGAGAAAUAAGAGGAGCGGAAAGACCUGCUAGUCCUGCCAGCGACAAUAUGGGAACAGGAGAUGGUACGAAUACACCGGUACCACCAAGUAAUACUCCACAGACCCCGGCAGGAGGUACAGCGAGUGGUGAUGCCACCCCUUUGACUGACAGGUCAGAUCAGAGGUCCGAUUCGUUUCAUCAGGCACUUGAACAAAUGCGAUCUCUGGUUAGGAGAGAACACCUUUCCUUUGGUAGUGACAACGAACUCGAAGAAGCCCCUGAGAACGAGACCCUCUCAGACCAUACUUCCUUACCAUGGUUGCGAUCUUCCAAUGCUGUAUACUCAUCGGACGAAGACAAUCCAUGAAGGAAACACAUGCCGAGCAUUAACUGUUCGGUCUCUAACAACGGAAUACAGGAAAGAAAUACCCUGUCCGAAGGCCAGAGGAUAUUUAUAUUUUAGAACGUACGUUAACACCAUGUUCGAUUCUACGUAGUUCUCACUUCAAUAUCUCAACGGUUUCUCGAAGAAGUAAAGCUCCGAUGGAUGGGAGACGGUGAGGAGUAUUUUUGUGUUGACUUAUUGUAUCUCGACGAAAGUGUCAUUAAGUAUGGCCAGUGGAACUUUGUUGAAAUAGUUGUCGCUUUAUUCUCUUUGAAGGUAAAGACGGUCCUCCAUUAUUAUACCUUGAUUUUUCACGCUACUUUUGGCAAGGUGUACUUAUCCGAAGAGCAUGCGAGUGCAACGGUUCAGGUGGUUAUCUCGUGUGAAAUUGUGCAAGUUCUUAUUGAACUGUAAUCAUGGAAUUAUAAAUUUCACUAUGUUCAAAUGGUGAAGAAGAAAUGGCAGGAAAUUAGGAUUACGCAUGUGUUCGUGUUGAUUAAUUUGAUUGAAGUAAACUGCUCGAUUCAAUCUGUGUUCUUGUAAAUAAGUAAUAAAAGAUUUAGAUAUAUAAUAUA